CCGCCCUCUGCUCCUGCCUAUCUAUCACGGUGAAUCCUAGCUUGAAAUCAUCGUAUCGCUAGUCGUGGUACCGCAGAUGAAGCCGUCUUCAGAACCAGCGAGCGCUAUGAGGACAGGAGGACACUGGCUUCAUGUGCUCGAGUAUGCCGAUCGUUUUCGGACCCGGCUCUGGACGUCCUCUGGGGGACCCUAGACGACGUACUGCCUCUCUUAAGCAUAUUUUCAUGCUUAACAGAAGUGAACGAGCUUCAAAUCUUCGCUGGUGACCUCAGCACGGAGUGGCCUCGCUUUCAGUGGUAUGCCCAACGUGUCCGCACCCUGAACUACUCAAGUCGCGACGCUCGCGAGAUCCACUCCUCGGUAUGGGUACAUCUCGCUCGGAGAUGCAGCGGCCAAGGACUAUUGCCGAAUUUACGGAAUCUCGCAGCCGUUGAUAUCUCGCUAUCCGACGUCGCCCCAGUGACCCUAUUGCUUUCGUCCACCAUCUGCGACCUUCAUGUAGGCUUCGACGAAAAAACGGUAGAAACUUCCAGUAUCUCACCAAUCGCCGCUGCCUUAUUCCGCGACAUCGUGAAUACCACCGCACCGCACCUCACGGCCCUAUCCCUGUUUGAGACAUUCCCCAUUGCCUCGCCAGAUGUAGCCCUCCUCGGCCGCUGUAACAAUCUGUGUUGCCUCUUCCUUACCGGCGGUGAUGAAACAGUUCUCGAUGCAGGCGCUAUUCGCGUCCUGGAGCACUUGGGUCUUCUUGAAUCUUUGUCUUUGGCGAUUCGACUGGAUGGGUGCAACACGGCCGCUGAUCUUGGCUUGGAGAUCGGGUUUCCCGAGCUCGACCACCUUUGCGUGUCGGGAAGCUCCCUCGACGUCUCAAAUUUCGUCAUCGCCGCUAAUCUAGCCACGCUGGAUAUGCUCGAAGUGACCCUCGUCGGUUUGACGAACAGAUCGGACGUGGAGGAAUGCGCAAAUAAACUAGGUGCCUACCUCCCUCGGGGUUUACCAAAGGUGCACCUGAGGGUCUCAACAAUGUCUCCACGUUCCCCCAGGGCCGUUCUCGCCGACAUCCUUGAACCCUUCUUUGCGUUGUCACGCUUGAAGUCGUUUGAGUGCGACCUUGGCGCCCACAUUCCCCACAUGUCUGACGAUGAUUUCGUGAAUAUGGCGGGCUUUUGGCCAAAACUCGAAUGGCUCGGCAUCGGGCCUGUAUGGGGGCCACGCGAGCGCGAUUUGAACACCGUCCGCUGGCCCACGAUCGACAACCUGGUCGGUUUGGCGCAGCAAUGUCCGCGCUUGCGUAUUGUCAACCUCCCCAAUCUCAAUACCGCAUCUCUGCCCUUACCGGAGGAGUUGCCCGUGCUUGGCCGGUCGAGGACGCAGUGGCUCAAGCUCGGCUGGUUAUCUGAAUGCGAUCCCCACGUGUACUUCGACCUCGCCGUUCUGCUUGACAGGCUGUUCCCGAGACUCGAGAAGUUCGAAGUCCGUAACUUCGACCAGGCGGAGGGGGGCCGCCAGGUGUUUCGGUACUUGCAGGCGAUGCAGACUGGGCGCAAGCACUCCCGGGUGUUUCGGCAGGAACCUGAGACGGAGGUGCUCACAUCGGAGGACUCCUCGGAGGAAGAGGAGGACGAGUAG